CCGCUCGCGCUUGCGCAGAGUCCAGCGGGCGCUGAGCGGUCCGUAAGGGCUGCCCGGCGGCUGGAGGGCCGGCAUGGCGCCCUCGACGUGCCGCAGGGUGGCCGUGGUGUCCUGCCUGGUGCUCUGCGUCUCCUUCCUUCUGCCGCGGACCUUCUUGUCUCGGGGAGGCGGCGGCAGCCAGGAGCCCGGGGCCGCAGCGCCCGAGGGGAAGCUCAGUCGCUUUCCACCAAGGAUGCAUUACCAGGGGACUCCUGACAGCCGAGCUGCCCCUCCUUUCCCAAGGUCUCACCUUGCUGAAGCAGUCGCCAAGGCCAAAGCUGGAGGAGGUGGUGGAAGCGCUGGUGGGACUGGGAGAGGUCUUGUGGGGCAAAUCAUCCCUAUAUAUGGAUUUGGCAUCUUCUUGUAUAUCCUGUAUAUUUUAUUUAAGCUGGCUUCCAAGGGAAAAACUACCCCUGGAGAACGGAAAUGCCCUCCUGCUGCACCUGGGAACUUGAAGAGGAAAAUCACUGACUAUGAGCUCACCCAGCUUCAGGAAAAGCUGAGAGAGACUGAAGAAGCUAUGGAGAAGUUAAUCAACAGAGUAGGCCCUCACUGUGACAGGGCUCAAAAUGUUACAUCAGACCAGGAAAAAAGGUUACUGCAGCAACUCCGAGAAAUUACAAGGGUUAUGAAGGAAGGCAAAUUCAUAGAUGGCAUCUCUCCUGAGAAAGAAGCUGAAGAAGCUCCUUACAUGGAGGACUGGGAAGGUUACCCAGAAGAGACGUAUCCCAUCUAUGAUAAUUCAGAUUGCUUUAAGCGCAAGCAAGACACAAUCCUUGUAGAUUAUCCCGAUCUGAGCCAGCCCUCUGCAGAAGAACUGGCAGAAAGAAUGGAGGGCAUGGAAGACGAGGAGUACCUGUGCAAUGAAGCCCUGCUAUCUGAUCUCACUGUGGGAAGGGACAGUCAUGAUUCAGUGCAGAAAAAAGAUGAGGUAGCUGGCAUCAGUGAAGGGGAGAGGGACCUUCAACACAGCCAAAGCACUGAGGGAUGCUGUUAUUGUUAUGAGGAGGAGGAUGAUCCAGCUAUAAUAGCGGAAAAUGCUGUAUUUCAUUCUGAGAGCUGCAGUGAAGCGGAAGAGGCAACCCCAGAGGACCUGUCCAUGGAGUUUGACAAUGAAAAUGCAGCAUUGAAAAAGCAAAAAGCCAGUGAUUCAGAUAACACAGGCACGUUGAGAAAGCGCAACACAAAAGGACUUGAGUAAUAGUGACAAUAUGUGGAUGCUAUCUAAGUGGUAACACUGAAGGUCAUAAACAGUCAAUUUGUGUGGGUUUUGUUCCUAAAGAGCAGUAUCCUUUUUUCUCUUUGCUCUAACUUCAUCCCACAGUAACAGUCACAUCAACUACCUGAACUGGAAGCCAAUGCUCUCUUUCAUGCAGUGCUUGUCAGCUCGUUGCUGCUUUGCUGGCAGUGCUUUGUCAUUGCUUUUAGGGACCACUGAAGGAGGUCAUUCCAUUCAUAUAUUUGUGUUCUUAUUCCUUUUCAAUUUCUGAACAAGCAGUUCUUAUUUUUUCCUUGUUAAGAGUCAACAAUCUCUUUUCUCAAAAAAAAAAAAAAAAAAAAAAAAAGAAAUGAAAUCAGUAUGUUAUCAGUUAUGAAAACUGAUCAAAUUCAGGUACAUUUAAGAGACUAUCAGGAAGCAGGAGAAGGUAUGCCUUCUUACUCUUAACUGGUCAGCAUAAUAGACUGUAGUCAUAGGAAUGAUUCUCAGUUGCGUCAUUGCUGCUGUAAUUCCAAGAAAUUAUUGUUGGUACAGUCCCCUACAUUCACACACAGCCAAAAUCUGCAGCACAUUUCUCAGUGUAUUUUCUGCUGCAGAAACUAUAGCCUAACCUCUUUUGUGUCCCAAGAAGAGCAGGAACAAGGCUGAGGCAUAAGGAGUUGUUCGUUCUCCUUGCUUUGGUGACAAUCUCAGAUGAGUGCAGGAAUCAACCCACGCUUACUACAGAAGAACAUUAAAAAUACCCCUUGUGAUUGGUUCUGGGACUUGGACAGUACUGGAAGGAGGUUGGGACAGCUCACUUGAAUCCAUGCAUGUCUUCUGUUUAACAAAAUAUGUGUGUAACCACUGCUUAUCAGCUGUAUUUCCAGAUCACCAGGACUUAUCUUGAGUUUGGGGAAAGAAUAGCAGCAUCAACAGAAAGGUGUCUUGUGCUACAUGCUCCUGUCUGGUUGUGCAGUGUGUGUCUGCCUUUGAGGCAUCUCUUUUGCUAUUGUUUUCACUGAUUGAUUUUCCAGGUUACAACUGCAGUCUGGUGUUUACAGUGUGUAUGUUAUUCAUAAAGAAUUCCUACUGUAGGAAUUAAGGAAUAAGUUAGUGACAGCAGGAGAAAAUAACAGAGGAAACAUGUUUGAUACGCUUUGCUACUAGAAGUGUUUAUCUUUUAAAAUCAUUUUGAAGACUUGUGUUUGUUUAUUUAUUUAUCUAUUUAUUUAUUUAUCUAGCUGUAUUCUCAAUGCUCGUUUUCACCGUGGCAGUAGUUUGACCUCUGUCUCUGAGGAGGACUUGUGUUGUUUUUGCUGGGAAUCCUGGCUGCACAGCUACAGCACGCAGGACCUGAUAGGCAGUGUUUCUGUCCAAGUAUCAUAGUUUUAUAUAUGUGUAUAUCUGUUAAGAGAUGGAUGAAGGCUGCAGAGGGGGUUGUAGGAGUAACCCAGCCUCUUGCCAUGAGAAACAAGGAUGCUGUCUUAGGUUUGCUGCACCUUUUAGAAACAGAGACUCUGAUAUUUUAGCUGUCUAUAGAAAUAACGUGCUUAUGUUGUGCUUCAAAUUCCAGCUGCUUACAAUGGUAUGUGAAAUUUUAAGUUUGGUUUCAUGUAAAUUCAUGCAAGUUUGUUCAUUGAACUUUGUGCAGUAUAUGGAAAAGUGGCACUAUGCAUGAAGUACAGGGUAGAGUUUUUAGCUGCGUACACUGAGAAGCUAAAACGUAGUAUGUUGUGCCUAAGGAACUCCAUGUUCCACAAUGUUUUAGUUGUAAAUAUGCUGCAGAGUGCAGUGAAACGCUCUUGCUGCUGACAGCUCUACUCAUUAUAAUAUUCAGAAGUCACAGUUUGUGUAUGUUGCACUGUAUGAUGCACACAAAUGUGUGGUAGAUGUUCCUAUUGAUCUAUUGGUGGUCAGUGUCUGUCCUGUCUGAGUAGGCUGACCUGGCCCUGAGCCAGCGCUGAGAAUUAAGGCACAAAAAUGUAGAUCGUAUCUUUUAACUUGUGAGUACUGCAUUAGUAAUGGCCCAAAUACUUCAGUGAUAAACCCAAAUAGCCAUGCACAUAACAUGGAAACCUCUUGAAAAACAGAAAGGGAGACACACCCCUAAUGCCAUAAAUUUGCUAACAGCAUACAUGAUGUUUUUUGAAAGGAGAUUAGGUGAUUGAUAGUAAACUAAGAACUCGACCCUUGUGACUAAGGAAUAGCAGUAAACCAGCAUUUUAGGUGCUCACUGGCCUAGCAGUUCUGUUUUCUAAGCACAGCAGAGGAAGUGUAAGAUUCCUGCUGUCAGACAUGACCCAGCAAAGCUGAGAGCUGUUUAGCCUGGAAAGCAGCAAUGCUAAAGGGAAGACUUGUCCCUAUAAAGACUAUUUUUGGACUCAGAGGUUGCUAUGUAAGUUUUAAAAUCUCAGUAAGGAACUUGUCAAUUACUUAAGGGCUGUCUCAGCCUUUUCUCAUGGAAACUAGGGACAGAGGCAGCCUGUGUUAAUGAGGACAGUGCAACAGUAGGGGGGGGCAUUUGUAAAUCCUAGGCUGUGAUCUGAAGCAAGGUCUUCAGCUGUUCCCCAAGGGAGGCCUACCAACACACCAUAGGCUUCUCAGCACGUCCUUUGGAACUGUUUGACUUUGUAUUGGCAGUUAAAUUCUCCUUGUAUCAGCAGGAGAAAUAACAAGAAAUCCAUGAGUGUGACAAUACUAUGCUUCUAGUUUGAGAUUUAAUCCCUAGAUCAAGUCUGGAUUUUGUCCUAGAUCUCUUCUAACCUUCCAGUAAGCAAAAGUGCCCUCCUAACACAGAGACUGAUUGUUAGGACCACUGGUGAUACCUGUGACACACAGCUAACAGGUUUGUAUUCCUUUGCAGUGCCAGUAGGAGAAAAUGAUAGUAAUGUAGGGUUACAGUGUGGUGCCAAAGAGUCUAAACAGCUCAGUUUCGAGGUCUUGAUCUACUUGGCAGUGUCUAGGGUGACAGGAAGCGCUCAUAGGACAUAGCCUGUGAUACCUCAUAUAGCAGCAUAGAAGCAGCCUUCAAACUAAUACUCUUCUUGUUCAUCUAACUCUUCUUUCCUUCAGCUUUCCUCCCCCUCUGAAACAGAAAUGUGUAUUUAUUUGUUUUAGAAAAUCAACUCAGAGAUUUGUCCAGCGUUCUUAAUUAGUAAUUGCUUGUUUUUAGCAAGGAAGAGUUGUAAUUUGAAGACGAGCUUAUUUGAAUAAAAUUGGGAUUCUGAAAAGAAUCUCUAAUAGACAAUGAAAUGAAAAUCAUAGGUCAGAACAUCAGCAAGCCCAGGACUUGUGGAAAAAUACAGAAGCUCUGGUCUCCCAAUGAAAGCAGUCACGCUUAGUAAAAGUGUUUGUUCUUCUACUUAAACUGUUUCUUAAAAAGUUAAAUGGGGAUACCUGUUCUUAAAGCUAAAAUGAACAAGAUGUGCUCUUUAACUUAGAUUUUCUGAUAAAACCAUUGCCAACACAGAGGUGCUAAUUAGUCCUGGGUAUUUGUUAAUGAUUACAGAUAAUUACAGAAAUUAGAUGAGAUCAGAAAAUAAGGCAUAAAAUAUGCAUGUUGGUCCUAAAAAUACAGCAAAAAAGGAUUAGUAACUAAUGUCUGUGGAAGAGGCAGACAUGUAGGAAGUUUACGAUGUGACUCAUUGCACCAGAAAUUAGGGGCUUUUAUGUUGGUUUCUGCUUUUUUUUUUUUUUUUUUUUUUUUUCCAAC